AUGCCGGAGCCCUCUCCCCAAGUCAAGGGCCUCAAAAAAGUCCUGUCAAACAGGCGUCCCUCAGACCUUCCCGGCGAUGAAACUAUACGAGAUUUGCGCACUAACUCUCUUGACUCUGUUGCUCUCGAGAAAUCCCCUACUCGAUAUAGUGCACGUUCUAUCAGUCAAGAUGGAAGUAGCAAAUCUGGGAGUAGUGGCAUGCGCAAGCUGCUGCCUGGCCACAGCAAGCGAAAGAGGAGGAAGCUUCGUCAAGAAGAAUUGAAGGCCGCCACAGAGGAAUUUGCAAGAGGUAGAAUGGGCACCAGUCUCAGUGUCAACAACCCCCCAGCAGCAUUGAGUACGCGGACUAGCAGCAUCGCCGGUGAUGGUGAGACAAGUCUUCUCACAGACGACUCCGAGGUCGAAACGCCUCCUCUUGCUUCGACAGACUCCCGCUCGGGUUACCUGACCAUGUCAUCUCCUCUUGCCUCAGCCACCACCCUGCGGAGCGAUGAUCAGUCAAUAUCGAGCCCUCCCCAAGAAUUGUCAUUUGACAAGAUACCGACUUUGGUAGAACCUAGUCAAGAUGGUGGACCGCCAUCGCCCAAGAGUCAUCCAGCGCCUGAUUCAAGUCCAACCUCGUCAGUGGGAGGGUUGGUCGACCGAGCAGACACCCUCAAUCCCCAAUCACGCAGUGACAGUAUGAGCAAACUUCGAGGCGCAUCUCCUGGGAGGAGGUUCAGAGACGUUUUUGGCAAGCCCAAUAAAAGUCCCAAAGUCAGCCCGCAGAGGAGAUCAACAGAUAUGAUCACUGGUUUCACCAGCCCGCUCAGUGUCCAAACCCUGGUGGCCGAGAGCGAAGCCGCCGGAGAGCCAAAAAUGCUCGAGGAUCCCCCCAAACCCUUAAUCCACGAUCGGCCUCAGAAUAAUUCAAUGCCCAAUCUCGAGCCGCUCCGGCCUUUGACGCCUCCUGCCGCGGUCAUAAAUACGCCUCUAACCACGGUCACGCCUCCGACUCCCACUGACACUCGUUUUGAAGGCACAACAGGGUCCCCUCAGUCAGAAAACCUUGCAUCCAAGCUCAAGGAGGAAAAUUCCAAUAUUGUGGUCAGUCCUUCGGGGAAUAUGAUUUCCCAUCGCAGAAUUAGGUCGACCUCGUCUAUCACCCAUCAACCAAGCAAGCUCUCAUCAUCAAUAACUGCUCCUUUGACACCUACCUCGGAGGAGAGCAGGACAGCCAGCGGUGGUACCUCCGGAAACCGUACCGCGAGUGGUGGGUUGUUUUCUUCGUGGGUGUCUGUGGCCCAAAAUGCAGCAACGACCAUCACCAAUCUGACCGGCCAAAAUCGGAAUAGAUCUGGGACCAAUGCAUCUGAUCCUUUGACCAAGCCCAAGACCAUUGAGGAACCCAUUAAAGAAGAGGAGGAAGCGUCUGAACCAGAGAUUCCGCGGAAGCCGUUGGCGAUUGAAACCCUGGGCUCGGGAGAUCUUAAUUUUGAAGAUCUCGGUCUAAAUGGUGACGACAAAAUUGGGUCCGCCGGCCGAUCUGAUCUGACGGAACUGCGAAAAGACGCGACCCUGGAACGAGACGAGGCUGCUGCUAAAGUAGAAGAUCUUCUCGCAAAGCGUGCUGUUUCCGCCGCCUAUGAAAAACAAUCGAACGCGCCGACGCCGAUAGCGGAGAUAGGGGAUCCAUUGAGCAAUGUCAGGCAUUCACAGACGUUUAGUGGACCGACAGGCGGCGAGAAGACACCUCCGAACGGUAGCCUUUUCGAGGGUGAAGUCACUUCGGUCAAACGAACCAACAGCGUUCGUAGUAAAAUUGUGAAGAGACGAUCUCGGGGCUCGUCAACAGCUACAGGCCAAUCUGCGAUAGGGGCGAUAAUAGGACCCAGCGUGGCGGCACUGGCGAACCCUGCGAAAGGCCCUCGUCUGACGGGGUUCACAAUGGCUCCGAAACAACGCAACCGCAACUUCCAUCAGCAAUUCCGAAGUGUGCCCGAGGAUGACUACUUGAUUGAAGAUUACAGCUGUGCAUUGCAAAAGGAGAUUUUGCUGGCGGGCAGGAUCUACAUCUCUGAAGGUCAUAUCUGCUUCUUUAGCAAUAUCCUUGGCUGGGUAACGACGGUGGUGAUCUCUUUCGAGGAAGUGGUCAGCAUCGAGCGUGAGAAUACGGCGGUAGUUUUCCCGAACGCGAUCGCCAUUCAGACCCUCCAUGCUCGUCACACAUUUCGAAGCCUGAUCUACCGUGAACAGACCUACGAUCUGCUCAUAGGAAUAUGGCGAGUUAGUCAUCCGACAAGCUUUCAGAAGAGCAUGAACGGCAAGCAAUUGGCGGCCGAAGAAGCCACGGAUACGACAGGGGCCGGGGCAGAAAAUGGAGCAAGCGCACAACCCAGUGAUGGUAGCACCUCUGAGGACGCGGAAUCCGCCGGAGAUGAUGAUAGUGCUCCUAGCCUGGUGGAAAGUAGUGCCAGUCAUGCCGGCAGUGAUCUCGCGGACGGUAAGAUCACUGUGCCGAGGAAACCGUCGGGUAUGAACGCAAGUGCUGUCGCACAGACGGCUAGCAUCCUCGCUGGAACCACGCACGAUGUUCCGCCUACUCUAGCUGCUCAAGCUGGACUUACGGAGGUGGCUAACGACUUUCCUGGUCCGGCCACCCACGCGCCGACCGAAUGUACGGACAGCGCCGCACAUUAUGACAAAAUCAUGAAGGACGAGGUCAUCCCUGCCCCCUUGGGAAAGAUAUACAGUUUACUAUAUGGACCCGAGUCCGGAUUCUUUGUUCGGAAAUUCUUGGCAGAUGAAUGCAAGUGUACGGAGCUUGUGUUCGAGGACGACAAGAAAGGACUCAAUCGUGACAUCAAAAGCCGACAGUAUACAUAUAUCAAACCUCUGGGCGGAAGUAUUGGACCCAAACAAACCAAAUGCAUUACGACCGAGAACCUGGACUUUUUCGACCUGGAAAGAGCAGUGACCGUUACAUGCACCACGCAAACUCCGGAUGUCCCUAGCGGCAACGCAUUCAGCACCAAAACUCGAUACUGUCUUUCAUGGGCGCCCGGGAAUGCGACGAGAUUCCAAAUGAACUGCACCAUCGAAUGGACAACAAAGUCCUGGCUAAAAGGACCCAUUGAAAAGGGUGCGAAUGAAGGCCAGCAGCAGUACGGGGAUAGUCUGGUCAAGGUCCUGAAAGGUGCGGUCAGUGGUCGGCCCCGAGGCACCACGAAUGCCAGCAAGGUAUCGAAAGCAAUGAAAAAGAAACGCAAAGGUGAAAAGAAAUCCAAAGAUGAAAAGAACGACGAUGAGAUUAAGAAACAGAAAGAAACCUGGGGUCUGUGGGAGCCCCUGAGGACGCCGGUGAAAGCGUUUAUAGAUGUGCUCAGACCGGCUCUGAAAAUGGAGGUUCUGGUUGCGAUACUGUCCAUUAUGGUCGUGUUACUCUGGUUCAGAGGUCCGACAAGGGGAUCGCAGCUAGGGCCCUAUGCGGGACUCUCGCAUUCGGAACGACUUGCGGCAUAUGAUUCUCUCUGGGCACGAGAAGAGAAUGAAUUUUGGGACUGGCUCGAAGCGCGCGCGAGUGUCGACACCGUUCUGCUACGAGAACAAUCCGCGUCAAAUUUGCGCAGGAAUAAAGCCUCGAAAGGGGACCCGAGUGGCACCGCGAAACAUCGGAUGAAGCAGCGUCAGCGGAACCAAAUCCUCGUAUCGGAUGCUGAAGCUAGGAUUCGGGAAGAGAAAAUCAGUCAGCGUGAGAUGGAAGAUGCCAUUCAAAUCACACGGGAGAGAUUACGGGCUCUGGAAGUCGUCAUUGAAAAGGAAAAGCAGGCGAAAAUGAACGUAGAUGCAAAUCCGAAGUGA